UCAAAGCAGGAAAUGUUUGUUUAUUGGUAAAUGAGGAUCCAAGUUGUCUGCAAAAAACCCUAACAAAUCAGCACUGGCUGUCUAAGAUCACAGCUGUAGGGCUCGGAUUUAGAUCUACGGAUCUUCCUUUGUGAAUUUUAAACUGGAUAAUGCCAAAUAAAAGAUGAGUGACGAAGAUAUUUCUAGCAAUCCGUUUGCAGCCCUUCUCCCUUUGGGUUCCCAGCCGCAGCAGUACACCAAGAAAUUGUCUGCAAAUGAAGACAAUGUUGUCGAUACGACCAAAACAGAUGACGGUUUGUCUGAAAGAUUUAAAGCCAGUUGUAUUCUAGGAGAAAUAUUUCUUGUUACUUUAGAUCCAGAUGACAUUUACUCUUGUCCUAAAGUUUACUUGAAAGACAUUAACAAUUCACAAACAUGGCUGGAUCUUGACUGUCUUAAUCAGGUUGUGCUUGAACGCUUACUUCUUGAAGAUCCUAAACAGUCCAUACAAUUCGACAGCAAGAGUGCAAAGAGCGAGAUUCACUUGGAGCAAGAUUUGAAAAAUGCAAGUGAACAGAAAUCGUUGCACUAUUUGUUUGGAAGCUUUCUUCGAGCACAACACCUCUUGGUUAAAUAUCAGGGGACCAGUUUUGAACAUUAUAUUAAAGAAUGUCAAAAUGUGGCCUUAACAAAUGCCAAACUGUGUCUACAGCAACCAGAACUUGUCUUGAGUCAAAGCUUGCCAAAUCAAUUCAUCGACAUAUUCUUCAGCAACUACAAGACAGUCUUAGGAGACAACUGUAUGGUGAUGCUCGACUUCUUCACUAGACUUGCUAAUGAAGUCCAUAAAUUUACGGAAGUUGGAUCCGUGAAGGAAGCCUUCCAACCAAUAUUAGAUGUUAUUUAUCAACAUAUGACAACUGAACUCAAUCUUAUGCACGUAGCUCUUUUUGAAUAUCUAGACCUCCUCACAUUCUUCCACAGGUCUGAACCUCUUGCUCUGGCUUUCCUAGAACACAGCACACCACAGGCCAGCACCCCAAAAUCUUAUGAAAAGACAUUACUUGGUUGCAUUCUCUCCUUCAGUUGUAUUCCUGUCUCAGACAGUGGUCCUUACGAGUUCUUCAACAACCCAUCGGCAGGUACCAAAACAGAGAAUGACAUUAUUGAAGCCAAUAUUUGGAAGGCAUUGGCAAACCUUGGUGAUAAAGUCCACCAGUUGUUUCAUGGACUUAUUAAAGUCUCUGACGAAACUCGACAUCAAGUCCUAAAUUGGUUGGCUAAUUGCCUACAUUCUAACGAAGAUCGAGCUAAACUUUGGACCGCUCAAAUAAGAUACCCUUUUGAUAACAUCUACUGUUCUGACCGGUUCUUUCUUAAUCUCUGCUAUGUGAUGUUGAAACUUUGUCAGCCAUUUUGUAAAAACAUUUCUUCGAAAAUAUUCAAAAUCGACCCAACAUACAUGACUGCUGUGGUAACAAGUGAUGAGGAUGCGAAAAAGAGGAACAUCCAUGCUAAAGAUUUAAUGAAAUUAACCUGCUUAAUUUCAAAGCCCGAACAUGAAGAAGAUCUGGCGUCGUCAAGCAACCAAACGUACAAUUUUAUCACAGAAUGUUUCUAUUUAACUCACUUUUGUUUGAUGCUUGGAUUUCAAGUACUCAAUGAUAAGUUUAUGCGUCUCAGCCAAGAGUUGCAUCGAAUUCAGCGUACCUAUGCCGAAGCACACGAACAAGAAGGAGAAAAUGGAAUGCCUCCAAGUAUCAAAGAGCAGUUGGAAAUUGGUGUGACAAUAUUCCUGAGUUUGAAAGCAGCACUUACUGAACCCCAACUUCUUGACAUGUCUCUUCAAUUCCAUAUCACAACAGCAGUCUGGCUCUCUCAGAUUGCUGUCUUCGGCAAGGUGGACAAAAUGAACGCUAUUACAUUCCCUUUAUCAAACAAACCUCCCACAAUUUUAGCAACUAUCCCGGAAAUUACUUUGGACAACUUAACGACUUUCACAAAGUUUGUUACUCAUUAUAAACCUGAAACAUACCAGGCAGCUGGUGAUCGUUUAGAUCACUUGAUGACUGUCAUCCUUGUUUUUAUGGGAAGCCCUGAACGCAUGAGCAACCCCCAUCUUCGAGCUUCCUUAGCUGAAAGCCUGUCAUCCCUUAUACCACCCUCUGAAAACAGACAUGGUAAUAUGAUUGGCCUUAACUUGUUUUAUGAAGGUAAAAUUUUCCGCACACAUUACCUUGCCAAACACGUUGCUGAAAUGUUACUUCAUGUUUUUGUGAGUAUCGAAAUGACGGGACAGAGCGUCGCAUUUGAACAGAAGUUUAAUUAUCGUCGACCAAUGUACGCAGUAUUGGAGUACAUUUGGGAAAUACCGCUCCAUCGAGAAGCUAUUAAGGAAUUGGUUGCAUAUGCAGAGGAGAACAUAGAAGCUCCCAAUGCCCCCCUUUUUUUGCGUUUCAUCAACUUACUCAUCAACGAUGCCAUCUUUUUACUGGAUGAAGCCUUAUCUUACAUGAUGCAAAUUAAAGAGAAACAACAGGAAGAGGAAGCAGGGAUGUGGACAGAGUUAUCGGACGAGCAACAACAAGAGCAGACAUCAAAUCUCCGUCAGAUUAGCAUGUUGGCGAGAUACCACAACAUAAUGGCUAACUCUACCAUCCAGGCCAUAGAAUUGCUGACCACAGACAUCAAGUCCAUCUUUACCCAUGAUUCAAUGGUCACCAGGAUCUCGGAGAUGUUGAAUUAUUUCCUUGUGCACCUGGUUGGCCCAAAACAGAAGAAUUUUAACGUGAAAGACAAGAACGAAUAUGAAUUUAAACCACAGCAAAUCGUCUCUAAUAUCUGCAAGACUUACCUGAACCUUGCUGAAGAUGAGAAAUUCUGUUUCUCUGUUCUCUCAGAUGGUCGUUCGUAUUCUGAAAGCUUGCUGAUUAAAGCAAAGCAUAUCUUGCAUAAAAUUGGCUGGUCUCAGCAAGACAUUGAAAGCUUUGAGGCUUUGGAUCAGAAAAUCAAAGACUUGGGAGUAAAACAGAAAGAAGAGGAUGAAAUGUUGUCUGAAGCCCCUGAUGAGUUCUUGGACCCUAUAAUGGGGACAUUAAUGAAGGACCCAGUCAUCUUGCCAACUUCACAGAAAACCCUGGAUCGAACUGUUAUUGCACGACAUCUGUUGAGUGACCAGUCAGACCCAUUCAGCCGGAAACCACUGACUAUGGACAAGGUCAUACCUAAUGUGGACUUGAAGGACAAAAUCGACCGUUGGUUAAGAGAAAAUCGGAAGCGAAUUAAAGAAUAUUAAAACAUAUUAAAUAAAACUAA